AUGGCCAGUCCAUUCCUGCAGGGAAUGUUCCUGCAGAAUAACUGCAUUAAAACAGUGUCCAGGGACGCCUUCUCCGGACUCUACAUGCUUCAGAGACUGUACCUGAGCCACAACUGCAUUGAAGUAGUAACAGCAGGCAUGUUCCAAGAUCUCCAUAAUCUUCAGUGGCUAAUCCUUGAUAAUAACCGAAUAACACAGAUUCCAGACCAGCUAUUCACUGGACUCGAUUCCCUCAUUUUUAUGUCACUGGUGAAUAAUUCACUUCAGACACUUCCUAGCAGUGGCGUGUGUGAAGAUAUACCUGCACUUAACUGGCUGGAUUUUGCAAGCAACCAUAUUACAACAUUAAAUUCGUCAGUGUUUCCUAUGUGUAGUUCUCUCACAGUGCUGUCUCUUGGGCACAAUGAACUUGAAGUGACCUCAGAAAACACCUUUAGUCAGCUGCAGAAUUUGAUUGAGUUAGAUCUGUCAGCCAACAAGCUUGUGGAUAUGCCAGAUAACAUUUUUAAGGACCUCCAAUCCCUGCAGACCCUAAAUCUGUCAAGGAAUCCACUUUGUUAUAUUCACCCAAAUCAGUUUGACAACCUGAAAAGCCUGCAGUCUCUAGACCUUGAAGGGAUUGAAAUACCUGAUACUCACUCGCGAAUGUUCACCAGUCUGAAGAAUCUCACACACAUUUACUUCAAGGCAUUCCAGUACUGCCGACUGGCACCUCAUGUCAGGAGCUGCAAGCCAAACACAGAUGGCAUUUCUUCACUGGAGGACUUGCUAGCCAGCAUUAUUCUUAGAGUUUUUGUUUGGGUCAUUGCUUCGCUUACUUGUGUUGGCAACAUUUUUGUCAUUUGCAUGCGCUCCUGCAUCCGUGCAGAGAACCAGCUGCAUGCUUUGGGAAUCAAGUGCCUUUGUGGUGCAGAUUGCCUUAUGGGAAUAUACCUGUUCUUUGUAGGAGUUUUUGAUGUAUUGUACAGAGGUGAGUACAACCAACAUGCCCAAUACUGGAUGGAGAGCACAGAGUGCAGCUUUGUGGGAUUUCUGGCUAUGCUGUCCAGUGAGGUUUCUGUCAUGCUUCUUACAUAUCUGUCCGUGGAGAAGUGCCUGGCCAUUACAUUUCCCUUUAAUACCAUGAGACCAGGUCGCUGCCAGACCCUCAUCAUCCUACUGUCUAUCUGGAUUGCGGGCUUCAUCAUUGCAUUCAUUCCACUCCAUAACUACGAAUAUUUUGGGAAUUAUUAUGGCCGAAAUGGAGUUUGCUUUCCCCUUUACUCUGAUGAGACUGAAAAACCUGGAGCUAAAUACUACUCUGUUGGCAUAUUCCUUGGCUUAAAUGUACUGGCCUUCCUGGCUAUCCUCCUGUCCUAUGUUACGAUGUUCCUGUCUAUCCGCAAAACUAGCUUGCGCACCUGCUCUAAGAAAAGACAGCUGAGGCAUGAUGUGGCCAUUGCUCACCACUUCUUCUUCAUUGUCUUCACUGAUGCCCUCUGCUGGAUCCCCAUCUUCAUCCUUAAGGUGCUGUCUCUUCUGCAAGUGCAGAUUCCAGGGACAGUAACUUCUUGGGUGGCCAUAUUCAUUCUACCCAUCAACAGUGCUUUGAACCCCAUCUUAUAUACCUUGACCACCAGUUUCUUCCGGGAAACAGUCAAAUCAUCACUUUCAAGAGUGCACAGAAGGAACAUCGACAGCUUGUCAAAGCACACUUCUUCAUUGAAGCUCAAUUUUCUUAAAUCUUAAUGUUGGCUGGCCAUUGAGAAACUUAGAACUGUUCAUUGUGAUUCAGUAGGCACCCUGAUGCAAAAAAGUGGUGCAGUCUCACGUUUCACUGAAGAAUGGCACAUUGAGAAGCAAUGUUUGCUUAUCCUGGUGUUUUAGAAGGCCUACCAGAUACAAGACUACAAAACAAAUUAAUUGAUUGUUUCUCAGACGAAGACCAGAAGUCUGUGCUACUUGAACUCUGGUCCAAGAGGAUGGGGGUGCCCACAUACCUUAGAUCAGUGAUGAAACAUUCAUUAAAUUACUACUCUACACACAAAUACAAUUUGUGACUAAACAUAACUUCUCCUAGUAGGAGCAGAUCAAUUUUUAUAAAGACAGACAUGGCGGAGCAGCAUGACUUGGUAUGCAGAUGAUUUGGUUUGCCUAUUCCUCAUGCUCAAGACCAUCAGUAAUCAUCCUAAAUCAUGAAAUAAUUAUACUGCAAAUACAAAAUACCAAGAAUGCCUUGAUGAUAACUUUGUCAGCUGUAUUAUCAACUGUUUUAUCAACUGUUGUGACAGUGAGAUAAUGCUGAAAAUUAUGGUUGCAUGAAGGUUUAUAUGUUUCGUUGAGAAGAUUCUGAGAGGCCGAAAGGAAUAAUACCACAGCAGUGCUGUCAGAUCAUGUAACUGGCCUUCACCAUUCCUAUGUCUAUGAUUUCCAACAUACAGUCAGUCAGUUUCCAACCCGCUAUAUCCUAACACAGGAUCAUGGGGGUCUGCUGGAGCCAAUCCCAGCCAACACAGGGCACAAGGCAGGAACAAAUCGCGGGUAGGGUGCCAGCCCACCGCAGGACACACACACACCCACACACAAAGCACA